UGGGGGGGAGAGAGAGGCUGGGAGAUGCAGAGAGGAGAGAGGCAGACCGAGAGAGGAUGAACACAGCCCUCCUGCUCCCCUCUCUGCCACCAUUCAAUCGGCAUCAGCUCAGGAGCAGCGCCGGCCACAGCUAGACAGUAAACAACCAGCAAAACGUCAACAACAGCACAAACAAACAAACAAAAAAGCCGCCAGCGCAGCUCCGGAAGAUGUGAAGCGGCAGAGACAGCGCGCUGAAUGACAAGACGGCGAGUCUGCAUUGCUGCUCUCCGCACUCGCCACCACUGCUGCAGCCAGCGCCAUGUCCCAAGUUAUGCCUUACAGCGAGGAGAAGAUUGCGCACUAUGAGGAGGCGGAGGAGGUGGGACGGCCGCCCUUCACCUGCCGUCUGCAGGACACCAGCAAUUUCUUCGGCUCGGGGCAGAACAAGAGAGCGCCCAAGCUGGGGCAGAUCGGCCGGAGCAAGCGGGUUGUCAUUGAAGAUGACAGGAUUGACUCGGUGUUGAAAAAUAUGGGCGAGAAGUCUUCACCUGGCGUCUAAACACAGAGACUCCACGAUGCGCUCGACGACAAACCUUUUAAGCAAGUCCCUUGUUUAUAAAUGCAAGCAGUCCGAGACACUUUAAAAAAAAAGUCGUGACCCGUGUUACCAAAACAACAAACUAUUGUAUUUCACGCUUCGGCACAAGGGUGGGCAGCAGGGGGGGAAGUCAGGCAGGUGUGAGAUGAGGCUUCCUUCCAUUGACAGGGAUUGUUGCUGGGAAACCCACACGUUUACGCGGACGAUGGUUUAAACACAAAUUCUCCGCGGACUGGCAAAGGUCACCGUGCAGCUAUUGGGACCGGGAGAAUGUAGCAAGCACAUCACUGUAUUGUACAUCAAUCAAACCUUUGUAUUGUGUUGCUACUGGCUGUGUUAUGAAUGGAGCACUGUGUUUACAUUCUGUUACUCGCGAAUACUGUAAUGCCAUGCACCUUGAAUGUUAAAAUCUUAUUUUUAUUCCCCUUUACUGCAGUCUUGAGGAAUGUCGAAACAUAUUUUAUAGGAAUGAACUCUUUCUCUUUAAUUUAAAACUCCAGAGAAGCUUGACCCCCUCCCCUUGUUGCGACAUAAUGCAGCCUGCUCAAUUCCAUGUGGAAAGGCAUAUUUUAUAUAAUAGGAUUUAUAAACGAUAUCCUACCGUGCGAACAUAAGAGUACCUUCGUUAUCGUGCACACGUCUACUUUCUAUAAUGUAUGAAACGCCGUCACAACAGUGCCAAAUAUCUCGAGAAUGCCAAAACCUGGCGACCAGUUUCUCUGUGCUCUCGGUGAAUGUAUGUAUAAAGCGACGCUAGUUGGCUGCCAAUUUUUAUGUUGAAAGACCAAUUUCUUUUUCUUACUGGUGAAAAGAUUUCGCUGCAUGAACUCGUAUACAACGCCUCGUGUGAGGAGUCACUGUCAAUCUUGUUUGUGAAAUGAUUGACCUCAAUAUUAUUAUUAUUAUUAUUAUUAUUAUUAUUUUUCUUAAUUGAAUAUAUGGAAUGUAUGUAGCAUCUCUCUCUACAGGGCUAUAGUGCAAACUAAUAAAAUGUAAACAAAGUG